GUCUCUUUCUGACACAUUACAACAGCCAUGGGAAAGAGAACACGCGUAGCAAUCAAUAUGUCCACGUGACCUGUCUUUUUCAGUUCUCUUUCAACUCGCGACCAGAGUAAUUGCAAAUGCAAAAUGUGGAAAAGUAUAUUUUAUAACAAAAUCAUAAUAUUUUGCGUUUAAGUUAUUGUGUUACCGUUUACAAAAUGCCACCGUCAAUUGGUGUUAAUUUACGUGUGACUGGACACUGCAGUCAAGGCGGGAGAAAGUAUAUGGAAGAUUUGUUUUCCGUUGCCUAUCAACAAACGGAAGACGAAAGGGACUUGGAGUACGCUUUCUUCGGGAUAUAUGAUGGCCAUGGAGGGAGCGAAGCUGCAGCCUUUGCUAAGGAACAUUUAAUGGAUUCUAUAGUGAAACAACGGCAAUUCUGGUCGGAUAACGAUGAGGACGUCCUCAAAGCCAUUCGCAAUGGUUACAUGUUGACCCACUUGAACAUGUGGAAAGAACUAGAAAAAUGGCCCAAAACUGUGACAGGUCUGCCGAGCACAGCGGGCACCACAGCCAGUGUGGCAUUCAUCCGACGCGGCAAGAUAUACAUAGGGCAUGUGGGUGACUCUGCCAUAGUGCUGGGAUAUCAAAAGGAGGGUUGUGAAGAGUGGGCGGCGAAACCGCUCACGUCAGAUCAUAAACCGGAAUCGAGCGCGGAAAUAGAGAGGAUUCAGAGAUGCGGGGGCAAGGUGAUCACGAAGGCGGGCGUGCCGCGCGUCGUGUGGAACAGACCGCGCCUCGGACACAAGGGACCUAUCAAGAAGAAUACUCCAAUGGACGAGAUACCAUUCCUAGCAGUGGCGAGGUCCCUGGGCGACCUCUGGAGCUACAACCCCCAAAAUGAUGAGUUCAUUGUCAGUCCAGAUCCGGAUGUGGGCGUGUUGACCAUAGACCCCGCCAAGUUCAGAUGUUUAAUAUUCGGAACGGACGGGCUGUGGAACAUGCUGUCUCGGGGCGGUCUCAGGAGUCUGCUGGGGAACUGCGACCAGGCUAAAACAUUCGUUCACAAGAUGCAGAACGUAACUAGGAUCACUUCUCCUGUUAGCUCCGUUGCGACCGUGGUGUGUAGUGUGAAUGCAAAUGCAAGAGCUUUCUCCGACCAAGAGCCCGUCAUUCAGGGGUUUAGCGCUUGA